AUGUACCUAUUUAGCUGUGAAUUCCAUUCCAGAAACCUACCCGAUUUCUAAAACACCUGAACAAUCUUUUUAAAUGAACCAUUAUGUAGUACCCGUUUAUAUCUACGUCGAGUUCAUCUCUUUGCAAUCCCUAAAGUGCAGACGGCAAGACAGCAUAAACAUAGAAGAGGAUGACAAGAGGAGUGAGAUCAUUCAAGAGGUGGAUGAAAUCGAAUGGCAUAGAAUACAGUGAUGCACUUGACCUCUGCAUCGGGCAAGGAAACAGUGUUGCAGGCAUCGGAGUGAGGGCUUUGUGCGACCUCAAAGAAGGGGACCUCAUUGCCACCAUACCCAAGAAGGCAUGCCUCACCAUAACAAACACAGCUGCCUCCUACUUCAUUCAAAAGGCCGGCCUCGGGGGUGUCCUGGGCCUUGCUGUAGCACUAAUGUAUGAAAGAAGCAAAGGUCCUUCCUCUCCCUGGUAUGCAUAUCUUCAGCUAUUACCAUACCAGGAGUGUGUGCCCUUGGUUUGGAGUGUUGAUGAAGUGGACACCCUUCUAGCAGGUACUGAGCUCCACAAGGUGGUGAACGAAGAUAUGCAAUUUCUCAGAGAAGAUUGGGAGGAGUCUAUUGCCCCCCUUACUGUUUCAUAUCCGUCUGAAUUUCGAAGAGAUUGGUUUUCUGUUGAACAAUAUUUUGCAGCCAAAACACUUGUUGAAUCACGUGCAUUUGAAGUUGAUGAUUAUUUUGGUUUUGGCAUGGUGCCUUUGGCAGAUUUAUUUAACCAUAAGACAGCAGCAGAGGAUGUUCACUUUACAUCUGAGUCUAAUGUCGAUGAUUCUGAUAUCGAUACUCCUGAAGCAUCUUUGGUUGAUGAAGAGCAUAAUGGUGAUUCACCCAAUGAAAUUUCAGACUUUGCAAUCUCCAAAGAACGUGAUGAUGCCAGUUUAUAUUCAGGCCUUAAUGAAAAUGGCAUUGAUGACAUUCAGGAUACUUUCUUAUCGUCAAACUUGGGGAGCAAUAAUGAGGUUUUGGAAAUGAUUCUAGUGAAGGAUGUCAAAGCAGAAAAUGAGGUUUUCAAUACAUAUGGUACCCUGAGUAAUGCUGCUUUACUACAUAGAUAUGGUUUCACGGAGCCAGAUAAUCCAUUUGAUAUUAUCAACAUUGACUUUGAUCUUGUCAUAGACUGUUGUUUAUUAUUGUUUUCACGACGGCAUUUACGGGUUCGUGUGGCUUUGUGGAGGAGGUUGGGUUGUGCAGGCUGCAGCAGCCAGGAUUGUGAAUACUUUGAAGUCUCUGCAAAUGGGACACCCCAGUUAGAACUACUACUGCUGCUUUACAUCAUACACCUUCCAGAUGAAGUAUAUCAGAGAUUAGACUGUGCUUCGCCCCAACAUUGCCAAAGUAUUACCGAUGUUAAAAAAUUUGUAUAUUUUGCUAGCCAAGGCUUUGAAGUGGUGCCUUCGCUUCAUAAAAAUAAGAAAAGAGGGCCUAACUAUUGCAUAGAAACUAAUGAGAAUAAACUUAGGAAAAGUGGCUGUAACAAGAAAUUGAAAAUUGGAGAAGAUGGUGAUGCAUUUAAAUCAGAUGAGUGGCUACUGACAAGUUCUGUUUGCCAGUGUCUUAUAUUGCUUGCUGAUAAACGUGAUAGACUUUAUGGUUCUAGCUCUCUUAAAAGGGACCUCGAGUUUCUAAAAACAUGUGUUUCUACAGAGCAUCCCAAGCUUUUUAAUGCAAUGUCUUUGCGUGUAAGCGAGAGGUCCAUCCUACAAAGUUUAAGACUGUAUGCAUUGAAAGCUAAGUCGGCUAAUAAGGUCAACUGCAAUAGCUAUAGAAAAUGAAGUUGGUUAUAGCUUUGGUCAUUUAUUAUUAUUUUUUGGAUAAGUACUGCUUUACAGAAAAGACGAGCAAGAUGCCAUUUUUACCCUACAAUGUGUUUCUAAUGGCAUGAAGAGAUUGUAGAAUAUAAUCAUUUUGAAGAUUCUUGACUAGCAACCACUGGAAAAUAACGUGCUUUUCUUGUGUUUCUUAGUGCAGUGGAUUAUUGUAUGAGGUUUCCCAUUAUCAUUAAUCUGUUGAAGCAAUGGACACAACCAUUGAUAGCUUCUUGAUAGAGUGGGAUGUGCAUAAGUUCAUUUAUGUUUUACUAAUAAUUAAUAGCCCUGGUAUAACACGUCUAUUUACAA